UCGAUAAAUUUUCUGGCUAGCCGAUCGGAGGUAAAGGAGUCAAAACAUUUAAUAGUUUAAAAUUCUCCUUUCGGUUUCUAUCGCUUUUUCUCUCAUUCCAUAAUAUUCCUUAGUCGAAUGUGAGUGUAAGAGUAUGCAAGACUUAAAAUCCUCAAAUUCAUGAGGACUUUUCUGGAGUUUUAUCGAGGGUGACGACUUUAGUGAAGAAAUUCCCUUCUGGAUUUACUUUCUUGGUGGCUCUUCCACGAGAAGGGAGAGGUCGUGGCAAUUCAGUUGAAACCGGCAGAUGUGAAAAAUAUCACAUAAGAAAUUUACAAUUACACCAAGAGUCUCAGAAAUCGAGUUUCAGAGGAAGUACCUUGAACUCCUCUCUCUCUCCCCAAUUUUUAUUUCUAACGGUCGGGUCCUUUGGUUACACCAUAUUCUCUUGAUAAUAACAAUAGGGUGUGAAAGAGAAGUGAAUUGUAUUGUUAAUGUGAAAAAGAGACACAAUUGACGCUACCACCGUGGACUUUAAUUCCAUUCCAUCAGUUUGUACUCAUUAGUUGACUGGUGUUGUUUAAAAAAGUGACUUAUUUCAUUUAUCUUUUUGUAUCUGUUAUCAUAAAAAUUUUAUUUUAGUGCUGUUGAGUGAAGUUACAAUAUGUGUUGAGUUGAACAAUUGCACAAGUUUCUCAAAUUUGUUAAUUAUAUAGUGAAGAUUUUUUAUUCAGCAACGGAAGAAGUGAAAAAAAGUGUAACAAUGUCUUUUCCAAAGGCCAAGUUAAAGAGAUUCAACGAGAUUACAGUCUUCAGUUCACCUUUUGGCGGGAAACGUGAGAAUUCUGCCAGUAAGAAGGACAAAAAGACGGGAAGUGCCUCUGAUUUGGAUACUGUUAAAAGUGACUCAAAGAGUUCAAAAUCCUCAGCUUAUCGAUUGUUCAGAACGCCAUCACUUCCACGUCGUCUUAAAUUUCGUGCAAAUUCUGAAUCUACUCCUAAGAAAUUACCCAAGACACCGACUUCUGUAAAGAGUAGCGGUGUGGGAAUAACUCUACCUCCGGCGAUUAAACAGAAGGAGGCAAUUGAUAUAAUUACGCAGGAAUUGAAGCUGAAGAGUGAGAAACUUUCUGAAUAUGAGUAUCUCAUUGCGGCGCUCAAAGCUAAGAAUGACGAUGCUGUGGAAGAAAUUGCAUCUCUCAAGAUGGCAAUGGAGAAGAUUGGACGGAAUGUUGAGGAAAUAAAUAGAUCCAAUGAACUACUUCAGCAAGUGGCCAAUGGAUCAUUGCGGAAGGUUACGGAACUUGAGGCGGAAAAGGGUGUUAUCGUGAGGGAGUAUGAGAGGAUGAUUGAGGGAGUGUCCAGAGAGAAUGAGAGAUUUCAGGCAGAGUUGAAUGCUAAGGAUGAAAUUGUACAGUUUCUUCAGUUGGAAACUGAUUCCUUCAGGGUGUCUCUUGAGCAGUGUGAACUUCGUAUUGGGCAGCUCAUUGAUGAGGGUAUGGCUCUACGGCGAGAGAAAGCUAUUCGUGAGGAAGAGAUGAAUGCCAUGUCCAAUGAUCUGACCACAGCUCAUCAAAAUUUGAAGGAGAUAUCGAUGGAAUUGGAGGCAUCGAAAGGGAUGAUAGCUGAACUCAAUGAGGAGCUACGAGAGUGUCAGAUUGAGCUGGAUCAUCAGGAUUUGAAUCUUAAAGAAGUGGAAUCAGUGGCUGUGCUAGAGAGAGCCAAACUUCUCAAAAAGCACGUGGAACAGCUGGCUGAGGUGGAAAAAGUGAAACUUGCGGAUAUUGAGAAGAUCAAUGAGACUGCCCAGGAGAAGAUUCGCAUUGCCGAGGUACAGGCUGAAGAGAAGAUUCGCAAUGUUCAGCGGGAAAUUGAGGCAGCAGUGGCUAGAGAGACCAAUCUUUGGCGCAGUGAGCUCGAUAGGUGUCAGAAGAUUGCUGAAAAUGAAAUUCUCCAGAUGGAGUAUGAGAAGAGGGAUCUCAAGGCGCUUCUGGAUGAUGGCAAUGAGCUAAUGAGGGAGAAGGAUAAGAAAAUAGCUGAACUUGAGCGAAUUCUCAAGGCUGAAGAUGACAUCUAUUCGACAGCCAGGAGAGAUUGUGAGGCAGAGAUUAAGAAGAUGCAGGAGGCAUAUCAGAAACUCAUGACGGAGAAACAUAGCUAUCAGUUGACACUGGAGAAUACCAGGUCCACAGUGAACAUUCUCAUGGAGCGACUUAAGAGAUCAGACACUGAUGUUGAGGUGCUGAAUCUCGAGAAGUCAUCAAUGAACUGUGAAAUUGAGCACCUCAAGGAGCAGAUUUUGCGGAUUGAGGAGGAAAAGGAGGAACUGAGAGGUGCUCUGGAGACACUCCAUAAAUCUUCCAUGGCCCUUGAGGUGGAAAUGAAAGGACGGGAAGCUCUUUUUGAGCAACUAAUGAAUUCUGAGGCUGAAACAUUGGCCGUAGUGGACAAUUUGGGAAAGCUCUUCCAGGAUCGCAUCGACGAAGGAGCCGGAAAGUAUGCUGAGAUGUACAAUGAUCUCAAGAAACGAUAUGAAGUUCGAGAGACCUAUAUUAAGGACAUGAAGAGUCUCCUCGAGGAAUUUGCGGAUGGAAUUGAAUUGGCGAGAAUUGAGCUGGAUCUCAAGGAUCAGAAAUUGAAUGAUCUGGAAGAGGAGAAUCGCACAAUAAAGCUAGAGAGUAUGACGUACAAGUUCAAGUGUCAGCAAUUUGAGACGGAAUCAAGCGGAAGUACAGAUGGUGUAAGACCUCCCAAUCCAACUCCUGAUCCAACACGUGAAGCCCCGGAAGGUGUUGAGUCCAAUCAGGUGAUUCAGGAGUUGAUCAAGGAACUGGAAAAGGAGACUGACGAUGCUGUACAGACGGAGACAGCACGUCAAAUUCGCCUACUUGAGGAUUUUGUCGAUUGGAAUACAGAUCAUGCGGAGGAAAAUAAGAAAUUGCGUCAGCAACUCAGUGAGAUGAUAAAUAAAGUUGAGAAGUUGGAAGCACAAAUUCGGCAAGAAGCAAAGUUCGAGGGGAAACCCACGGCUGAGAAGAGAUUCGAGUGCUACAGAGAAGACAAUAUGAUUCUCAAAGAGAGGAUAUCUCAGUUGGAAUUUGUCAACAAAGAUCAGGAAGUCACUAUAAAUGUCCUCAAAGAUCUCAUUGACUUCAAUCCGGCAACACACAGUGCUCCAGUUACGCCACACAAGAGGAAAGACAGGAACCUCCAGGGGACGCCAAAGACUCCCAAGAGUCUUUUUGCAGGCGGAAAGGAGAACUUAUCGCCAUCGACGAAGAUUUUGCGUCAGAGAAACAAUUGAGAAUUACUGGAUCUCUUAUCAUUUUUUAUUUAUUUCUUUGUCUUCUCGCGAUAGCUUCAUCUAACACAACAUUUUUUCUACUUUCAAUAAAUAACUUACUGAUAAAUAUACAGCUCAUUCACAGAA